AUGCCGGGUUUCGAUGCUCGAGUAAUGUACUUGGUGCUGAGGUCCGAUCUGAUCAGCGACCUGAAGUGGACAGUUGGUGCUGUUGCAACACAGGCUGCUCAUGCAGCAACUGCCUGUAUAUGGACAUUCCGAGAGGAUAACGAAGUGAUGGAAUAUAUGAAUGAUAUCAGCCGUUUACGGAAAGUAACUCUCAAAGUAUGGCAUUAUUUGUUUAAAAAAAAGUGA